CUUGCCAAUACUUCAUCUUUUCUUUGCACCUAUCUCCCCCCACCCCCCCUCCUCUUUACAUAUCUUCCUGCUUCUAUUCCCCCGCCACCAGCUGAUCCGCAAAUAUGGCCGGAACUGAGGGAGCAGAGUCUGCUAUCACCGCCAGCAGUGCUGAUCGCAUGGUCGGCAUGGACCACGCCGAAGUGCGUUACUUUACGAGUUAUGAUCACCAUGGCAUUCAUGAGGAGAUGCUUAAAGACGAUGUUCGCACUAGAUCCUACCGCGACUCCAUCUACCAGAACCGCCACAUCUUCAAGGACAAGGUCGUCCUCGAUGUCGGAUGCGGAACUGGUAUUCUCAGCAUGUUUGCCGCCAAGGCUGGUGCUAAGCAUGUGAUGGGUGUUGAUAUGUCUUCGAUCAUUGGAAAGGCGCGUGAAAUCGUCGCUGCCAACGGUCUCUCGGACAAGAUCACCCUCCUGCAAGGAAAGAUGGAGGAGGUUGUCCUUCCCUACCCCAAGGUCGAUAUCAUCAUCUCCGAGUGGAUGGGCUACUUCCUUCUCUAUGAGAGCAUGUUGGACACCGUCCUCUACGCUCGCGACCGUUACCUCGUCCCCGGUGGUAAGAUCUUCCCCGACAAGGCCACCAUGUACCUGGCUGCGAUCGAGGAUGGCGAGUACAAGGAUGACAAGAUUGGAUUCUGGGACAACGUGUACGGAUUUGACUACAGCCCGAUGAAGGAGACCGCCCUUACGGAGCCCCUGGUCGAUACUGUCGACAUGAAGGCCCUUGUCACCGACCCCUGCCCCAUCAUCACCCUCGAUCUCUACACCGUCACCACUGCCGAUCUGGUUUUCAAGGUGCCUUUCCGGCUUCCCGCUAAGCGCAGCGAUUUCAUCCACGCUGUGAUUGCCUGGUUCGACAUUGAAUUUGGCGCCUGCCACAAGCCCAUCCACUUCUCCACCGGCCCCCACGCCAAGUACACCCACUGGAAGCAGACCGUCUUCUAUCUCCGGGACGUUCUGACUGUGGAGGAGGGAGAGGUUGUCUCCGGUGUGCUGGAGAACAAGCCCAAUGACAAGAACAAGCGUGAUCUCGACAUCAACAUCGCCUACAAGUUCGAGACCGAUGACCUGAACCGCGUCUCUGAGGGCAGCUGUUCCUACAGAAUGUGCUAAAUGAUUGUUAAUAUCUACUGUUCUUUCGGUUGUCUGCCGUUCUGCUUGGAGUCGAUUUAUGUUCUGCCAGUAACAUAAGAGGGUUUGGCCCCGUGGGCAGCAUAGCAUUUUAACGGAAGUUCGUUUAUCUGGAUGUUGGGUUGAUGAAAGAUUCUUUUGACUUUCUUUCUUUUUGUGUCAUGCCAAUUCUUCUCGUCAUUUUCUUUUUCGGCGUUGUGUAUGGAAGGCAAUGGAACGGCAUCAUCAGUUGGCGCGGUAUGGAGAGAUGGUUUCCGCAAGGACGAUUAUGAAGCUCCUCGAAUUUCCCAAGAAGAUACCCCGAGUCGACGCUCAAUCUAACACCUCCGACGUUCUCAUAUAUUACCUAGCUUCAAGUUCUUCAAUAGUACCAGGUGCAACUGACCACGUGCGAACCGGGGCUCUGUCUGCCCAAUCCCGGGGUUGCUUCUAUUAUCA